AUCCAGGCAAGUAUACAUGAGAUACUGCAAGGCUUCACGCUACCCCCAAUUGAGCAUACCCACAUUGUUAGCCAACAAGCCAAUAAGACAGCAGAAGCCCCUGACACGCUAAAACAAGCGUCUCUCGCCAAAAGGCCCCAAUGCGCGCGCACCUUCCCCGCUAAAGCGUUGCCAGCUUCACCGCUUGAACAACCUCUCCCCCUUCCCCGAAAGGCAACAUCGCCAUUUGAAUCUUUUCAAGCUCUCUGGACAGAGUUGGAUCAUCAAACAUGCGAGGAGAGAUCUGUCACCUUCACAUCGGCCAGGCUGGUACCCAGCUAGGCAACAGCGCCUGGGAGCUGUAUCUGCUUGAGCAUGGCCUCAAGGCUGAUGGACGUCCCGACCCCGAAGCAAAGGAACUGAACGAGGGGGGUUCCCACGACGUGUUUUUCACGGAGACUAACUCUGGCAAAUACGUCCCUCGCUCCAUCUUCGUCGACUUGGACCCAUCGCCCAUCGACGAAAUCCGCACCGGCCAGUACAGGCAGCUAUUCCACCCUGAGCUUCUCAUCAGUGGCAAGGAGGAUGCCGCCAACAACUAUGCCCGCGGUCACUACACAAUUGGCAAAGAGAUGGUCGACAGUGUCAUCGAGCGUAUCCGACGCGUCGCUGACAACUGCUCCUCCCUACAGGGUUUCCUGAUCUUCCACUCGUUCGGUGGAGGAACUGGCUCUGGGUUCGGUGCGCUGCUCCUCGAGCGCCUUGCCACCGACUACGGCAAGAAGUGCAAGCUUGAAUUUGCUGUGUACCCUGCUCCUCGGAACUCUACCUCCGUAGUAGAGCCAUACAAUGCUGUCUUGUCUACCCACAGCACUAUCGAGAACUCCGACUGCACUUUCCUGGUCGACAACGAGGCUGUCUACGAUAUCUGCCGUCGCAAUCUGGACAUCCCCCGCCCAGAUUUCCAGCACUUGAACCGUCUCAUUGCGCAGGUCAUCAGCUCGGUCACCUCUAGUCUGCGAUUCGAUGGUGCUCUCAAUGUCGACUUGAACGAGUUCCAGACCAACUUGGUCCCAUACCCUCGUAUUCACUACCCUCUGAUCAGCUAUGCGCCUGUCAUUUCGGCCAAGAAGAGCUCCCACGAAAGCUUCAAGGUCUCCGAACUUACCUUCCAAUGUUUCGAGCCAAACAACCAGAUGGUUAUUUGCGAUCCUCGCAAUGGAAAGUACAUGGCUGUGGCUCUCUUGUACCGUGGUGACAUCGUCCCCCGUGACUGCACUGUCGCGGCUGCACAGCUCAAGGCCAAGUCUUCGUUCAACCUUGUUGAGUGGUGCCCUACUGGCUUCAAGCUUGGUAUCAACUACACCAAACCGAUCAGUCCCCCUGGCAGCGAGCUUGCUGCUGUUGAUCGCAGUGUGGCUAUGCUUAGCAACACCACCGCCAUCGCCGAGGCUUGGUCCCGUCUUGAUCACAAGUUCGACCUCAUGUACUCCAAGCGUGCUUUCGUUCACUGGUACGUUGGUGAAGGUAUGGAGGAGGGAGAAUUCUCUGAAGCCCGUGAAGACCUUGCGGCUUUGGAGAAGGACUACGAAGAGGUUGCCAGUGACUCCCUUGACGAGGAUCUUGGUGAAGAGGCUGAGUAUUAA